AUUUAUUUCAUUUCAUGCCUACGUGAUUUUAGCGAAAGAACCAAAGAAUAUUGUUGUUGUUGUUGUGCAGGCGACUGCUACACGUGCAUUGGAGAAGACUAUCGGGGUAAGACGUCCCGCACGGAGACGGGGAGGGAGUGUCAACGCUGGGACCAGCUGGAACCUCACAGACACAGCUACCAGCCACACAGUUUUCCCGAGCGUGGCCUGGUGAACAACUACUGCCGCAACCCAGACGGGGAGCCCAGACCCUGGUGCUACACCACGGACCCGGAAAAGCGGUGGGAGUACUGCGCCGUGGCCAAGUGCGAGGGGUCGCCCCCCACAAACCCCGACCUGGAGGUCACCUUGACCUGCGUGAAAGGUCAAGGGGAGGGCUACCGGGGCACCGUCUCGGUCACCGUGUCGGGCCGGACCUGCCAGGCCUGGGACUCGCAGAGUCCACACGCUCAUCGUAGGCGGCCGGAGGUCUACAGCUGCAAGGGCUUAGAGGCCAACUACUGCCGCAACCCGGACGGGGAGAAGCUGCCCUGGUGCUACACGGCGGACCCGGAACGUCGCUGGGAGUACUGCAACGUGCCCUCGUGUGCCGGUGGGACCACUGGCAGCUGCUACCACUGCAUCGGCGAGGAUUACCGUGGCACGGUGGCCAAGACCGAGACGGGCAAAGACUGCCAACGCUGGGAUGAGCAGACCCCGCACAGGCACACCUUCAGCCCGCAGAGCUUCGCAGGGAGCGACCUGGCCAACAACUUCUGCCGCAACCCCAACAAGGAGUCUCGCCCCUGGUGCUUCACCACGGACGCCGCGCAGCGCUGGGAGCACUGCGCUCUCUCCAAGUGCGAGGGCGAGCCGCCGGAGAACGCCGCGCCGGAGCUGACCACGUCGUGCGUGAAGGGCACGGGGGAAGGGUACCGGGGCACCGUGGCGAUCACCGUCUCGGGCAAGGCGUGCCAGGCCUGGGCCUCGCAGACUCCGCACUCACACACCCGCACGCCUGACGUCUACAGCUGCCAGGGCCUGGUGAGCAACUACUGCCGCAACCCGGACGGCGAGAAGCUGCCCUGGUGCUACACCGCGGACCCCGAGCAGCGCUGGGAGUACUGCGACGUGCCCUCGUGCGGCACCGGCGGAGCCGCCGGAGCCGCCGGAGCCGCCGGUGUCGCCGAUUCCCAGGCGGGGACGGCUCAAGUUGCGCAGCCUCCGCAAGUUUCACCGGAGGCCGACUGCUUCACGGGCCUGGGGCUGGACUACCGCGGCACUGCCUCGGUCACCCGCUCGGGCCUCCGCUGCCAGGCCUGGGAGUCGGACGAGCCCCACAAGGUGCGGAUGCACACGCCAGAGAUGCACCCGGACGCGGGACUCAGCGGGAAGUUCUGCAGAAACCCUGACAAGGAUGCGCAAGGCCCCUGGUGCUACACCAUGGACCCCCGCAAGCAGUGGGAGCACUGCAACAUUCAGCGCUGCCCGAGUGGAGAGAAGUGUGGUGUUCAAGUGGAGAAGCCCAAGGUCUGCAUGGGGAGGAUCGUGGGUGGAUGUCCGGCCAAGCCUCACUCGUGGCCCUGGCAGGUGGCCAUCCGAAAGAAGCUCUACAGCUUCAGCAGUCAGUUCAGGCCGCACUGUGGAGCGACUCUCAUCGACCCCUCAUGGAUCCUCACCGCCGCCCACUGCGUCAACAGCUCGGACGUCCGCCUCUACCGCGUGCUCCUCGGCGUCCACAACGAGCUGGCGCCGGAGCGGGAGGCCUGGCAGACGGUGCCGGUGGCGAGCAUCCACACGGAGCCCCGCGGCGUGGACAUCGCCCUGGUCAAGAUCGCGACGCCGGCACAGCUGACCGACCGUGUGUCUCUCGUCUGCCUGCCCGACCCUGACCAAGUCCUGGCACAUGGCACCGACUGCGUCAUCACGGGCUGGGGGGAGACGCAGGGCACGGGUCACGAGGGGGUGCUAAAGCAGGCGGUGGUGCCCAUCAUCUCCAACAAGGUCUGUAAUCGUCGCGAGUACCUCAACGGGCGCGUGGGCGACACGCAGUUCUGUGCGGGCUACCCCGAGGGUGGUACAGACACCUGCUCCGGAGACAGUGGGGGCCCCCUGGUGUCCCGAGACAGACAGAGAUUCGUGGUGCACGGCGUCACCUCCUGGGGCAUGGGCUGUGCCCACCGCAACAAGCCCGGGGUCUACACGCGCGUGUCGGCCUUCAUCCCCUGGAUCCAGGGGGUCAUGCAGCGCAACUGAGUGCUCAAGCGAGACACGGGACUGGUUUCGUAGCUGCAGACAGCCGCUCGGGGUCUAUGGGAAAUGGAUUUUGCGAAGCCCGGCAUGGAGUUGACAUCUUUGCACACACGCACAUACACGCAUAAACAC